AUGUCGUCGAGGUCCUCGCGGAGAAGUGCCGGUAAUACCAACCAACUAAACAGAUGUACAAUUCCGUUAUGGGACAAAAAGCGUCUUGUAAAGGUAAUGAAAUAUAGAACUUUGAAUUUAUGAACGACAUUUUUCCUAGGAGCUGCAUGAGCGUGGUCUAGAUACUAGCGGAACUCAACCGGAUCUCGCGGAACGUCUCCUCGGCUUUUUGGAUGGCAUCGUUGUGCCAACAGCAUCCACGUCUGCUCCUGAAGCAAAACCAGUCACACCAGCAGUAUGUCAUCAUAACGAUUUUCAGUUGAACAUUUUUGAAUUUCAGAAGAAGCCGUCUGUUAAAAAGACUCCAGCUGCGACACCGAAAACUCCAAAGCCUGCAAAGUCGACCCCAAAAGCUAAAAAAAAAGCCACAAAGGGAAAGACGGUGAAGACAGAGGAAGUGGACGAAGAAGAGGAGUCAGAAGUUGUCGAGGAGGCUGAAGAGCAAGAAGAAGCAGCAGCAGAAGUUCCGACCUCUUCAACUGCGGCACCGCCUAUUUCUGUUAAAGAAGAGCCAGUCGUCAAUGAGGAAGAGGCGGAAGCUGAGCCUUCGGAGCCAGUUCAGCCAAAUCGACGAAAUUCCAAAAAACAGAAUAAGGAGAAUGCUACUCCGGUAAGCAGAUAAAUACAGAGAAUCAACUAAUGUAUUUUGAAAGGAGUUACAGGCUGUCAAACCCAAAAGAAGGCCGGUGACUGUCAAAACGGAGCCGGAAGAUGAAGAUGCAGAUGGAGAUGCUGGUGCGACGUCUUCUGAUGGACCCUCUUCAUCUGCCGUCGCUGCCACGGAGCAAAACGGUUUUGACGUAACUGCGGCCGGCGAUGAGAAGAGAUCCAGGCGGAAGAGCGCGAGACUUUUGGCCUCUGAGCAAAUGGAAGUGGACGAAGAGCCAACUACUGAGGAUGAAGAAAUGGCAGCCGAAGAAGAACCGGCUGUUGCGCAGGAGUCUCCGACGAUCCGGAGCAUAAAAUUGGAGGAGCCAGACACGGCGCAGCAAGAAGAGGUUAUUGUAAAACCGAAGGAAAAGGAGAAGAAGUUGGUGAGAGUGAAGGAGGAAGUGGAUUCAGACGAUAGUUGUGGCAAAAUCGGAAAAGCCGCUUCUUCCACUUCAUCUUCCGAUCCUGACUUCCAAGUGAACCGCCCUUCUAAGCAUAAAGAUCAUGCGGAGAGCUCCGACAGCUAUAAUUAUCAUCAUCAACGGAAAGUGGAGAAGUCCGACAAAGUGAAGAAAAUCCGACACUCGACGAAUUGCGCGCCAGUCCCACCGCCAAAGCCAAAGCAGUCGGAUUGGCAGGUUCAGUGGGCUGCCAAAAUGGCUGAGCACAAGAAGAAGGAAGAGGCGAAGCAGCCAUCUGCUGCUCCUGUUGCGGAGAAAAAAAAUGAGGGAAAGCCGAAAGGUGAACAAGUUGUGAAGAAAAAGAAGCAAGACGGCGGUGGCUCUUUGGAUACGAUUGCCGCGCUCAUGUCGUCGACUAUUGCGGAGAAGGAGAAAGUUGAGAAGAGUACGGACCACAUGAGCUCUAUUGUUUUAGUUAUAUUCGUUGUUUUUUUUUCAGAACCAUCGGUGGAUGUCCCAAGAGUUGGCGGUGGAUCUGAUGCCACUGCCACCGAGUACAGUCACGGAUUUGUGCAGAAGGCAGUCGCACAAGGUGCCCCACUACUCUCUCCGCAUCCAAAACCGCUCCAAUAUCCGACGAUUUCGUUCUUCAAUCCACCUGUCGCUCAGACGAAACCUCAAGUGUUCUCCACGAUGCUCCCUCCACCACCACCUCCACCAAUGCUCGGAGUCGCUCCGAGGCGUCGGUCGAGAUUCGAUCAGCCUCCCGUCGACUUUCCCCCUCAGUUUUAUGCGAAGGCGGUGAGUUCGUAACGGAUAAUAUCACAGAAGACAAUAAAUUGUUCGAUUUGCCCUCUCCCCGGCUGUCAAAACACUGACGGCUCCCGCUUUCCCUUCUUUUCCACUCUUUGUUCUUUUUUAUUCUACUGACACGGAUAUCCAUAUUCCGAACUUUUACCAUAUUUCAAGUAUUUCAUCCUUUUCCGUUCCUCCCCGGCUCCCCGUCUAACCCAUUCCAUAUUAUAGAAUGCUCCUCCGCCAACUCUCACCACCGCCAUACAGAUCUCAAGACGAUCUUCGCCGCCACCGCCGCCCCCGCCGAAACGAACAGACGGAAUCCCGCCGCCGCCACCGAGACCUCCAAUUCUAGCGCCUCCCGCUGUUUCCUCGACUACAACCGAUUUGCAAAGAGUGAGUAAUUCCGCUUCCUUCUCAUUAAAACUAUUUUUUUUCCGUUUCAGAGAGUCCAAGAACUGUUCGCUGGAGAAUCUUCAUCGCCAGUGCCUGUUGUUUUCGCUCCUCCGACUGCCCCUCCUCCUGCAGCCCAAAAAAACAUCUCACCCCCGCCUCCGCCGCCACCGCCAAGGCUCAAGCCUGUUGAAGUUUCUGUGAAGCGUCCGUUGGUGAAGGAAGAGUUGCAGGAGGAUGAGGAUGAAGAUGGCGACGAGGAGUUCGUCAUCCGAGAUACGGUUAUAGAGAGCUCGGAGCCAGCUGCGAAGAUGAUCAAGCUGGAGCAGCGACCCAUUGAAGCGCCGCAGACUGCAGAGACCAACGGAAUGUACGAGGAACCGGCUCCGAAGGCGAUCAACAAGGCCGAGGAGCUCAAGAAGAAAGCCGCGAUUAAUGAGGAGAGACGCCGGAGAGCCAUGGAGCUCGGAGAGGGAGAAUACGAUCCGAUGGAAGCUGGAGCCGAUGAGGAAUCCACUUUGGUCUAUGAUUAUCGUCCGUCGAAUGCGGAAGACAUAGGAGAAGUCGACGAGAUGGAUGAUGAAGAAAUGGACGAAGCGGAAGAUGAAGAAGACGAAGAAGCAGCUGGAGAUGAAGAGGAAGAGCAGGAGGAAGAGUCCGAAAGUGCGGAAGAGCCGAAAGAUGAUGAGGACAAAGAGGAUGAUGGUCCGAUGGCGUUCAACGAUGCUAGAGACCUUCUCAAGAUCCUUCCUGUUCUCGACGCUCUGUCGACUGCUGCAGAAGCAAGAAAGGAUCAGUAUGCACAGAUAGAGAAUGAUAUUCCGAUGGAAUCUCUGCUCAAAAGACACGAUGAAGAGAAGCCGGAAGAAGUGUAUUAUCAUGGAGAGCCGGUGCCAGAAGUGGAUGAGAACGAGCUAUACGAGAUUGCAGCUGGUAUCAAGCCGAAGAAGAAAGACAAGAAGCCGUUGGUGCAGGUUCCUGACGAAGAGAGACUUCCAGCAGAUGUGGAGACCAUUGAGCUGGAUUACUGUGAGUUUGUGCAUUGGAAAAGAGCGAUAGAGUAUUCUGGAAUUUGCAGAUAACGCGGAUAUACACGUGAAGAGCGCCGAUAAGAAUAUAUGGCAGAUCGAGCCGUUCUGUCAGGAUGGAUUGGCUCUCAUGUGGGGAGGAGUUCGUUCCAACUUCGGAAUCACCCUUCCAUUUGUCAAAACCGACAAGGACAAGGCGUCGAAACUCGGAUUCCAGAUUCAAAUCGAAGCUUUUCAAUCGAUUCAACAUCUUCCCACCGAGUUUAUGCAUGACGGAGGGGACGUUCGGAUCGGAUUCUCGCUCGGAAGCGCUCCAAUUGUACUCGGAGAGUACACGGGCUCCUGGUGCAUCACGGCGUCGGGAAAGCGUGCCACCAACAAUCACUUUUACGACUUUGGCCAUACUUUCGACAUUGGAGACGUUGUCACUUGCAUCUUGGACCUUGUGCAAGGAUCAAUUUCGUAUUUGAUCAAUGGAAAGGAGGUCGGAACUCCGUACGACAAAAUUCAGUUCAGAGAGGGAGACGUCAUUUUCCCGACGAUUUGCACGAAGAACUCGAAUAUUAAUGUGAAUUUGGGACAAGAUUUGUCUGAUGAAAAGUGGAGUAUCAAUGAAGAUCGUGACUGGAUGUUCAUCACUGAAAUGGAUCGUUCUCAUCUCGUCCGCUCUCACGUCGCCCCAGGGGCCAAAAAAGACUGUACCGUCCUGAUGACUGUCGGACUUCCGGGAGUCGGAAAGACUACUUGGGUUCGUCGUUAUUUGGCCGAGCAUCCGCAUGAGCACUGGACUCUCAUCAGCGCCGACAUGGUGAUGGACGCGAUGAAAGUGAACGGAGUGUCCCGAAUACGCCUUCCGUCCCUCAAACGUCCCGAUUUCCUGCGCGGAAUCAUCGGAAAGUCGAUGGCUCGGCUCAUUCUGCUGGCUCCGCGUCGUCGAAAGAACUACAUUCUGGACAUGACCAACUGUAUGGCAGAUAAAAGAAAACGCAAACUGAUGGCGUUCGAGGAGUUCAAUCGGAAGUGUAUGGUGUUUGUGCCCGAGGAGGAUGUGCAUCAGAAGCGACUUCUCAGACAGGAACACGCGGAAAACGAAAAGCUGGAUACGGACGCGUUGAUGCAGCACAAAGCGGCCAUGUCGCUGCCGACCGUUGAAGUCGGUGAGCCUUGCGAAGAGGUGAUCUUCAUUGAUCCGCCACCGCCAAACGAGCAAUGGGCGUUCGAUCGCGUCGCCAAAAUGAACUACGAGUGCCGUUCGUGGUUAGUGGUUCCGGGAAGAAGACGUGGAGGCGGUGGAUAUCACUCGCACGGGCACGGAGGAAAUAAUCGAGGAAACUAUCACAACGAGCACUACCAGCCGCAAUUCAAUAGACCGUCGACAAGUGGUCCACCAUCCGGAGGCAACCAGUACGGAGGACAUUCACAGCCCUCGCCUCGUCCCAUGACGAUCACCCACACCACCUUCUCGUCCGGAAACUCUGGAAACGCGCUUUCCUCUCCUUCGGUCUCGAAUCCGGUCCCCGCGCCUGUGACUACGCCUUUCAAUGUGAAGCCGCCAAUUGUUCAGCAGCAGCAGGCCACGAUCAUCCUUCCGCCAGUCAAGAUCACCACUCCGAAACCGCAGGUCACUUCGGCUCAGCCGUCUCCGGUUGUGAAGAAGCAGAGUAACUUCUCGUUCCCACCUGUCCAGACGAAGGUCGAAGUCUCGGUUUGCGCUUUCAGCUUCUCAUCCUUCUAGACAAUGUGUAUUUCAGCAACCACUGACCCUGAACACCUCGUUGCCACGAAAGUCGUUCGACAUGGGAGGUCCUUCCUCGGCGCUCUCUUCCGGAGGACGCUCGUCGUUCAGUGCAAGCACGAACUCGCCACGCUUCGGGUACCCGUCCAAAGAGCUGAUGACUCCGACGAGUGUUCCGCCGCAGGCGCUCAUCAACCCGAUGGCAGCACAGCCGUCGCCGCUACUCGUUUCGCAGCCGCCGCCGAUGGUUGUAAUGCCGCCGGUGCAGAUCAGACCACCGCCAGUUAUGCCGGUCUUCCCGAUCGAUGUGGUAAAGAGUGUCUUGAAUAAAUGCGACGAAAGAGUUGUUAUUUUCAGACGGUACCACCGCCAAAUUUCACGGCGCCACCUCCUCCGCUCCGAUCGGUCCCUCCGCAUUUGUUGAUGUUCCACCAGCAGCAAAUGUCCGUGCCACCGCCGACUCAACUGCCGCCCCCGCAGUUCCCCUACCCUCCCCCUCAAUUUGCGCCACGUUAA